AUGACCGAGUUCAACCUGGAAGACGAGCGCGCCGAAGAGCUCAGCACGCUGCAGUCCAUCUACCCGGAGCUGGUCAUCAACGAUAGCGAUCCGUACUCGGCCACUCUCGAACUGCUCGUCGCACCCGCCAAGCCUCUACCUAUCACCUUUGAGCCACAGCAAGAUGUCGAACGACUCCCAUACCUCCCUCCGCUGCGCCUCGAAAUUAUACUGCCUGCCGAAUAUCCCGAACAUCUACCGCCUGUAAUUCGACUGUCGACUUCGCCUUCAUGGAUCCGCGAGGAUCUACAGGCCCGACUGACAACCGAAGCGAAGACACUUUGGGAGGAGUACGGAGGUGGUUCCAUACUCUUCUCGUACAUCAGCUCUCUCCAAGAACAGGCCGAGAAUGCCUUUGGCCUGGAAGACCUCACGCUACCCUCGUCCAUGCAGAAGGAGCUGGUUGACUAUAGUCGGCGGAUGAAGAAGGAACUGUUUGACAAAGACACAUUCGAUUGUGGAGUCUGUCUCGAGCCGAAGAAGGGAUCCGCGUGCUAUCGCAUGGCCCGCUGUAGCCAUGUCUUCUGCAUCAACUGCCUCCAGGAAUACUACGACAGCUGUAUAACAGAGGGAAACGUCAACAAUAUCAAAUGCAUGUCCACGGAGUGCGGUAGUAGUGGGAAGAAGAAGGACCGGCUACUGUCACCCAAGGAGCUGUUACAAAUCCCUAUAUCCCGCGACCAGGUCGAGCGAUACGCGAAGAUAAAGCGGAAGAAGAAGAUCGAAUCCGACCCGAACAUCGUAUAUUGUCCGCGCAAAUGGUGUCAAGGCGCUAUGCGGUCUGAUAAAUACCCUAAGAUUACGGACGUAACGCAGAUGGACGAUUCAGAUUCUGAAGCAGACGAUGAGGGCCCAGCUCAACCACAGGAGACCCAGACCGAAAGCGGCCCGGAAAAGCGUGGAGUCGGGGUACGAGGUAUGGAGCGGUUGCAGGUCUGUGAAGAUUGCACCCUUGCCUUUUGUGUCAUCUGCCUAGCAUCGUGGCACGGAGACUUCGUACGCUGCGAGCCACGCAAUGUCACAGAGCUCACCGAGGACGACCAAGCAUCGCUCAACUUUAUCAUGAAGAAUACGACACCAUGCCCAUACUGCUCUGUACCCUGCCAGAAAGCAUGGCUCAAUCCGGACCACCCCUACCACCACUUCAACGAACCCAAGUUUAAGAGCUGCUUUCGGCGCCUCAUGGACGGAGUCGAAGGCGAUAUGGACCAAGGCGGGCGACAGUGGGGUGGUAGGAGGGGAGCUGAGCAGCUGGCGGAGUUCUGGGAGGAGGAAGCUAUGCGGAUCCAGAUGGCGGAGCUGGGCGAGCUGGUACAAUAG